AUGGCUGGAGUAACACAUCUUCCUGGAGACCUUAAAUGGAGCAUUGCACAAGUGUAUGAACUCAGCAGGGAGCUGGACCACAUCGCUACAUAUAGACUAGAUUAUCGAACGAAUAAUCCAUUGACUUCAGCUGGAAUAUCGAUAAACCCAGUUUACAGUCGUGGCCUUGCUGGUGCUCCGGCUUCUGAUCAUUACAGUUGCAAGUCAUCUCUGGCGAUCCCGAGCUCCAGGUAAUCUGCGGGCAGCUACAACCCUUCUACAGCUUCCCGGCUUCCACGUCAGUGGACCGCGUAUUUUCGUUUAUUAGUUUUAUUGGAGUCAACAGAUAUUGCUGCAACUUCCGCAUUUACAUGUUUUUGUGUGCUGCGGGGCCUCGCCACAAGCGCAGGCUCUGCGACCGCGACUCCUACACCAGAGGGCCUUGAACGCCACGACUUCAAGGCAGAGACACAGAAGCUGUUGCAGAUUGUCACGCAUUCUCUGUACACGGAUAAAGAGGUGUUUAUCAGAGAGCUCAUUUCGAAUGCAUCCGACGCUUUAGAAAAACUAAGAUUUUUCCAGGCCACGCAGCAACACAGCAGUGCUCCGAGCGAGCUCCGAGUUAUUCUCAGGGCAAACCCCAAUGAAAAAACCCUGAUCAUUGAGGACAACGGCGUAGGAAUGAGCCGCGAGGAAAUCCUCCAGAAUCUAGGGACCAUUGCAAGGAGCGGAUCUCUUGAAUUCUUGCAAAAAGCAGGAGCUAAUGCCGGUAACGAUAUCAUAGGACAGUUUGGUGUAGGCUUUUACUCGAGUUUCGUUGUGUCUGAGAGGGUAGAAGUCUACAGCCGUUCGGCUGAGGGGCAGAAGGUCUUCUGUUGGUCCGCCGAUGGAUCGGGAUCGUUCACUCUCUCCCCGGCCUCCCCGGAUGUCCUUACAUCCGAAACCGGAACUAAAGUCGUCUGCCACCUGAAACCAGAAUGUACAGAGUUCGCAAAUCCGCACAGAGUAAAAGAGUGUGCGAAAAAGUUUUCGUCCUUUGUCAAUUUCCCAGUGUAUAUUGAAGAGGACGGCAAGGAAGUGCUGGUGGCCGCGCAAGACGCUUUGUGGCUCAAAUCCAGCGCCACCCCGGAGGAGCACACGCAGUUCUUUAGGUUUCUUGCAAACCAAUCCUGGGGGGAACCGAUCUAUAGCAUUAUGUUCUCUGCGGAUGCGCCGCUGAGUAUUCGUUCUGUGCUGUACUUUCCAUCGGACCCUCCGAAUCGUUUGUUUCAGUCGGGGCCUCUAGAGAGUGGCGUCGCGUUGCAUUCUCGUCGCGUCUUGGUAAAGAAAAGCGCGUCAGACAUGCUACCCAAGUGGUUGUGGUUCCUGCGUGGUGUGAUAGACUGCGAAGACAUGCCCCUAAAUGUUAGCAGAGAACACGUGCAAGAUUCACAGUUGCAGAGGAAGCUCUCUGCCGUCAUCGUCAAGCGCAUCCUGAAGUUCUUAAGUGACCAGGCUAAAUCCGACCCAGAAAAGUAUCAGACAUUUUAUCAAAAAUACUCGCAGAACAUAAAAGAAGGGGUCUUGGAGGACGCGCACAGCGGUAGUGUUUACAAGGACAUGCUGUUACCCCUGCUUCGGUUCGAGUGCUCGACGGAAGCACCCGGCAAAAUGAUCACUUUGGAGGAAUACUUGGAGGCGAUGCCCAGCACACAGAAGUACAUGUAUUAUUACUGCUGUUCAGAUCGCAAGACAGCGCUCACUUCUCCUUAUAUGGAACCAUUUGUGGGAAAGGGCCGCCCAGUGCUUUUGAUGACUGCGGAUAUCGACGAAUUUCUCGCAAUGAAUCUCUCAGACUACAAGGGCAAGCGGCUGGUAGCCGUUGACUCACCAGGGGAAGACAUUGAGCCCGAGGAGUUUGACGAUGACGGCGCUAAGGAAACGACAGAAGGGGAGAAGCCUAAGCUAGUUGGAUCCCAGCAAACAGAAUUGGCCACAUUCGUAAAGGAGAAGCUGGCGUCUCGUGUAACGACAGUAAAGUUCUCCGAGAGGCUCAUGACUGCUCCCGCAGUUGUGUCUGGUUUUCUCUCCCCCACGUUGAGGCGCAUGAUGCGGGCAACACUGCAGGGGGCCCCCGAGGCACAGCUCCAUAUUGCGAGCCUCCCGGCAACUUUGGAGCUGAAUCCUUCUCAUGAACUCGUUACCUCUCUUUACCAUCUCCGUACUACCAAUCCGGAUGUUGCGACGCUGUUGGUGGAGCAGCUGUUUGACAAUGCGUGCGUUGCUGCGGGUAUCAUGGAGGAGCCAAAAUCGAUGUUGCCACGACUCAACGAGCUGCUUUCCCUUACAGCCCGAUAUGCCUAUCACCAUGCAGGCGGACCCGUCACCUCAACACCAUCAGGAGACUCAGCUGAGUCAAAAGAUGACGCAGCCAAGGAGGCACAUGUGGCAUCUACAGCCACAGAUAACCCCGUGGCGUAA